AUGAAGCAAAUUGCGAACAUAAAUCAUGGUCAUAAUGUAAAAUCAUUUCAAUUGGCAAACUCACAAUGGAAAUAUCAAUGUAGAACAAUAAAUGAUCCAAAUUGGACAUCCUCAGGACUUCCGUUUGACGUUGAAAGUGAAUACGAAUGUGUGGACAAAAAUCACGUUAUGGGACAGAGUCACUUUGAAUGUUCACGUUGCGGUAAUCGUUACACAUGGAUAAAGAGUCUUCAGCGUCAUCAAAUGAUUUGUGGGAGAUGGAUUGAGGAUGAGAUUUGGCAAAGACAUGAAACUUUUGGCAGUAAUUAUGAACAGCAAACAUAUCAGUGCAGUGCUUGUGGUCAAUCCUACACUUGGUUGCACAAUUUGAAACGUCAUCAAUUAAAAUGCGGCAGCAACAAAGAGGCUAAAUAUCAAUGUCACAUGUAUCCGUUUGCGUAUGUUGAUGUUGCGCACAGAAUCAUUGAGAGAUUACAGCAUCCACGUCGACGUCGUGGGACUUAUACGCCGCCGGAACAACGACAAUUUUUUUGCUCCGCGUGUGGCAAUGGCUAUAAAUGGAAAAUCAGUUUAAAAAGACAUCAACGACUCGAGUGCGCUAAACAACCAAAGUAUUCUUGUAACAUUUGUGGAAAAUUGUUUUACCGACAUUAUUUACUGAGGGAUCACAUGUCCAGUCUAUUUAGUAAUGUUCAGCAACAAUUGCAGGGGCAACAGUUACAACAGCACUAUCAACAACCACAGGAACAAAGAUUGCAGCAACAAUAUCAGAAAGUACAGGAGCAGCAAUUGCAACAGCAGCAUUAUCAAAAAAGUGGACCAAUUUUAUACUCUAAUGCACCAAUUGCACCUAAUAGUCAAUCAGUACAGAAAAAUUCUUCAUCAACAUGGAAAAUUCUUCCCAAACCAGCAAACUCAAUGGGUUUGACGACUGUCCUCGUUCCUUCAGCUGAUGGUGGUCAGCCAAAAAUAGCAUACGUGAAUGUGCCAAAAAAUAUUUUUGAUCAAAUGUACCCGAUGCAGCAAUCGCCAUUAUUGAAAAUCAAUCUUUGCGAAAAGUGCAAACGAGUUUUUACCGAUCAAUCUCUAUUUAUACAGCAUGUGCAAAAAUAUAUACGUUACACGAAAUCUUGGAGUAUUUAUGAGGAGAGCAAGGGAAAUGAAAACGAACGUUACGAAAACUCUGACGAAUACAGCGCAUUGUGGAUGCUUGAAAAAAAUACACAAAAUCUAGAAAUGAAUACACAAAUUUUACCCGGUAUUCGAAAAUCCUAUCGUUGGAAACUAACUGGUUUGGAUCGAAAUUACGACUCAAAUAUUGGAACAUCAUCAUUUUCACAGGACAGUGGAAAAGUGGUUCGCGCACAAUUGUCCGAAUACAUUUGUUCCGAUUGUGGUAAAAAAUACAAAUGGCUAGACAGCUUGAAAAGGCAUCAACGCGUGGAAUGUGGCAAUAAGCAGAAGAAAUUCUCGUGCCACAUGUGUGAUAGGAAAUUUAAAUAUCGUUAUGAAAUGCGCAAUCAUUUAUCACUGCAUCACGAUGAAACAUCGACAUCCUCGUCGAAUUGGACAAUUGAUAAGUUCUAUCAGUAUCAAACAUUGUAUUUUCAAAUGAUGGCUAAAAAUCAAAGAACAGAGGCUGUUAUUUCUGGAAUAAUUAAAGAUCAAAUUAAAAAUGAAAUUGAGGAUAAGGGACAGAAGGAUGGCAAUAAAGUAAAUUCAGAGCAACAGAAAUUAAAAAAUCCCGUAUCACGAUCUUGUGGUUAUAUGGGUUAUUCGUGUCCACGUUGUGGUAAUACUUAUACAAGAACACACAGUCUGAAUAGACACGUUAAUUUUGAAUGUGUUUGGAAGAAAGCUAGAAAUGCAGACGAUGGCCCACCUUAUUUAUGUCCAAGAUGUGGGAGAUCUUACACUCAUAAAUGUAAUUUAAAACGACACUGGCGUCUCGAAUGUUCUGUACCACCUAGAUUUCAAUGUGUUUGGGAUGACGCUGAUCCAUUGGCAUUCGAUUCGGAAAUUGGUUAUCAUCAUCAUCAUUUAUUGGCGGAUAAUCCAGGAAUCAAUCAACCUGGUAAUGUUUGCAAAAAUUGUGAACACGUAGUGAUCUAUUCUAAAGAGAAAAAGAAGCGAUUUGUGAAUAGUGUUCAAAAUAAAUAUCUAGCUAGCGGAAGCCGUAAAUGCUGUCAUAAAUGUGGAAAGAGUUAUAAGUACGCGACACAUCUUAAAUUCCAUAUUAAUUACGAAUGUGGAAAACCACCUCGCUUUCAAUGUCCAUAUUGUGUCUCAAAGGAAUACAAAUGCAAGCGCAAGUCAAAUCUCUAUACCCAUAUACGACACGUUCAUCCCGGAAGGGACGUUUUCGCAUUAGAAUUAGAAAUAUAA